AUGAUUCCAGCCACUUUCAAGCUCUGUGCAGCAAUCUCUUACCAGCAUUUACGAACUGCAACAGGCCUGAGACAUACGGCAAUGGCAGCUCUCGGACACAAACUUCAUCACCUCAGGCUUCAGGGUCAAGGGCCCAGUGCAUGGGUAAAUCAGGUUCGCAGGAGGAGCUCCUUAAUCAGUUGUAGGACUGAAGAGAAGCCAUAUUCUGAGGCAGAAAUGGCCUACGUUAAACAAGGUGAAGAAGCCCUUCACAAGUCCAUCUCCAUUAUUCAAGAUGCAAAUGGAUGGAAAACAGAGAUCGAGGCAGCCAAUGGUGAUAAAGUGGCGAGUAAAAUGCUUCCAGAUAUUGGCAAAGUGUUCAAGCUUGAGGUUGUAAUGGACAAGCCAUCGGACCUACUCUACAGCGAAUUGUUUGACAAAAUUGAACAUAUGGGAGAGUGGAACCCAAACGUGAAACAAGUGAAGAUCCUGAAAAAGAUCAACAAUGAAACGAUGAUUACCCACGAAGUUUCUGCAGAUACUGCAGGCAACAUCAUCAGCCCAAGGGACUUUGUGAGUGUACGCUACUCAAAGAGACGAGGCUCGACCUGCUUCCUCUCAGGGAUAUCCACCCACUGUGACAUGAUGCCCGAGCAGAAUGGCUUCAUCAGGGCUGAGAAUGGACCCACUUGCAUUGUCCUCCGUCCUUCUGCUGAUGACCCAAACAAGACCAAGUUCACGUGGCUACUGAGCAUUGACCUGAAGGGCUGGUUGCCAAAGUCUCUCAUCGACCAAGUUCUUUCUCAAAGCCAAGCCGACUUUGCUCAGCACCUACGUCGGCACAUGGAUUCGAGCACUGCUGUACCCAGUUGCUGA